UCGGGAUUCAAAAUUAGUGAGAAGCAAAGCAUCUUCAUGAUCAAAUUAGAGCAGAUCUAAGAUUUUUGUUGAGAAAAAUAGGACUCUUUGAUGUAAAACAAUCGCCUCAUCCAACUACAUCAAAGGCUCAUGUUUAGGCAUAGGCCGGGAAGGAGGUGUCUGCCUCCCCGACGGUCGGCAGCUGUGUCGGGGCGCUGACGAGCAGGAAUUUCUCGAACUCGAUACGAGGAAAAGCCUACGGAAGCACCAGUAUCAGACCCUAACAUCGCACGUCGCAGGCAAUCCUCCAAGGCCAGGAACAAGAAGAUGACGGUAAUCUACAAGGAGCACCAGGAGAGCGAUCUAGGGAGAUGCAUCCCUUGCAUUCCCCUCCGCAGAGGUGUGCUCUACGUGGUGUACAUCGAACUUCUGUGGAAUCUUCUAGCGGUCACAGGACUCGUCUCCGACGAUUUUAGAGCAGUAUCGGGAGGAUAUCAAUAGUAUUCUUAUGAAAUGUUUCUCAGUUAGAAUUUUGGGCUCUUCCUCCUGGUUUGUCAUCUUAACUCGUCUCGUCUCCUUCGCAUUCGUCCUAUCUUAAUCAUUCUCAGCGACAUCAGCAUUCUGCUCUUGUCACAAAAUCUUCAUGUCUCACUUCCAUCAGCUACAGUCGCAUCGGUGUGACCAUCCUCGCGGUUAUUGGAACACUAGUCACCUACGUCUAUGGCGUCAUGGGGGUCUACGACGCUUGCUGGGAACGACUAGACGUUUUUCACACGUUCUUGUACGUCAAGAUGGUUCUCAUUUUUGGUUUCGUAGCAAUGGACUUUCAAGUUCUGAUAAUGUGCGAAUCUAUACCUGAGGAUUAUCCGACUGUCCGUGAGAUCGCGAAGCGCGGACAGUGCAGUGGCCAUACGAUGGGGUAAAUUACUAUUACAUUUAAUACUUAAAGUGCCUUUUUAUCUUCAAUGCCGUGUCCUCCCAGAAGCAGAAAGUAAAGUCGAAAGUAACACUGCAACCAACAUUUCAGGACCAUCAUCUUCUUCCUCGUCCGCGAAUUGUCGCUUAUAAUUUGCGCUUACUUCGUCAAAAUCCUGAGUGACAAGUGGAGGGAAGGCAUCCGGUACAAGAUCAACUUCAAUCGGGAUUCAUUUUUUGUCACCGACAAAAGUUUCGAGGAUCGAGAGUCUUACAUGGCCUUAGACCGUGGGCGACCGCCAGCGCAGACCCCUAUGCCUCAUGGAGGAGGACAAGUGCCGGCUGUGUAGGGGGUUGUGGCGCAAAUACCGAUGCCUGAUGGAGGGGGACAAGUGCCAGCUGUUUAAGGCUGGGGACAAGUGCCGGCUGGGCAAGGGGUUCCGGGUGGUCUAGGCGUGAAGAUCACACGAAACGCUAACGAAUCUUCAUCGUCCAAGAACUGUGUGAUCUUCAUCCUCCUGAUGGACAUAUUUUGCAUCUUGGCUUCCCAUGUUGUGCAUGAAACGAUAAUCAUUUUGUUUUCCCACGUUUUUGUCUUCACCGGGACGAGAGCGAGACGGUCAUCUCGUCUUACUAUUAUCUC